GCACUAUAAAAGUAACGCAAUGCACGCAAUCCAUUUACAGUUGCAGUUCUGCCUCGAAGCCAAGCGAAUCAAAGCCAAGCAGACAUGAAACUUCUGAUUCUUACCACCACGCUGCUGGCUGUGGCCAGUGCCGCCCCCGGACUACUCGACUAUGGACUGGGACACACGGCGCCUGCCAUCAGCUACGGACAUGCUGCCCCAGCGAUCAGUUAUGCCCCAGCUCCGUCCUACAGUUAUGCGGCACAUGCGCCGUCCUACAGCUAUGCGGCACAUGCUCCGUCCUACAGCUAUGCUGCUCCCGCGGUGGUCAAGUCGUAUGCCACGCCCAUUGUUAAAUCAUAUGCUGCUGCGGCCAUUAGCUUCGCUGCACCUGCCGUAGUGAAGUCAUACGCCGCCCCAGCCAUUAGCUACGCAGCGCCUGCCGUAGUGAAGUCAUACGCCGCCCCAGCCAUUAGCUACGCAGCGCCUGCCGUAGUGAAGUCGUACGCCGCCCCAGCCAUUAGCUACGCAGCGCCUGCCGUAGUGAAGUCAUACGCCGCCCCAGCCAUUAGCUACGCUGCACCGACACUCCUGAAGUCGUACGGCGGCUAUGAUGACCACUUUGGUUAUCACUAAGCGGACGCUGCUCCAUCAGGGGAUGGGGAUGGACGCGGAUCAGGUCGAGAAGCCAGUUGUGAGGCAUGUAGCGGCAGCAGCCGAGGCACGUUC